AGCAGCCAAAGGCAGCCUCCUGCGCUCGGUCCAGUUCGCCUUCUGCCGUCGCUCGGUUAACUACGCGACUGCCAGUGCCGGUGGCGUCGCGACGCACGUCGUUUCGUAUCACUGCGUGCCCGCGUAUUCGACGACGUUUCACUACUUUGCGGAGUACUAAACCACGCGGGUGAUGCAUGGGCCAUACGCGCGAUAACCUCCGGACGUUCCGCCCUAGAAUUUAUGAUUGAUGGAAGGGUAACGAAAUCCUUUCUCAUCGUGAACGAUAAGGACGUUGAACCGACAACUUGAAAACGAAGAAAAAGGUGCGGGGAAACAAGAGGUGAAGAAUUUCUCCACGAGAGAGUAGUGAUAGCAUCCGGAUCAAGUCCGUGGAUCAACGUCGACCUGGCUGAGAAAGUGGCGUAAGUUCCUUCGGGAGGACAAAGAGAAGGAGAGGAGGAGACAGAGAGGAAGAGAGAGGGGGUUACAGGCAGCGGCGGUGGAGGCAACGACGGAAGGCACAGGGAGAGACGGCGGGGUGAACCGGAACCGGAAAUGGCUGCGAGGUGGCUGCUACUGCUGGCGCUCCUCGCCGCCCACGCCGCGGCUCUUCCUGAUUUCAUUAGGAUAGGCGGGCUGUUUCAUCCGUCGGACGACAAGCAGGAAGUGGCCUUUCGCUACGCCGCGGAGAAGAUCAACGCCAACCGGGACAUCCUGCCCAAGUCUCGCCUCAGCGCUCAGGUCGAGGUGAUACAGCCGCAAGAUAGUUUCCACGCCUCGAAACGAGUGUGCCAUCUACUGCGAGGCGGCGUGGCAGCGAUUUUUGGACCGCAGAGCGCACAUACGGCAUCUCAUGUGCAGAGCAUUUGCGACACCAUGGAAAUUCCGCAUUUGGAGACACGUUGGGACUAUCGGCUUAGACGGCAGAGCUGCCUCGUCAACCUCUAUCCUCAUCCCACUACUUUGUCCAAGGCGUACGUCGAUCUGGUGAAGGCCUGGGGCUGGAAGAGUUUCACCAUUAUCUACGAGAACAACGAGGGGCUUGUGCGAUUGCAGGAACUUCUGAAAGCGCACGGACCUAGCGAAUUUCCCAUUACGGUUAGACAGCUGAGCGAAGGAUCGGAGUAUCGGCCGCUGCUAAAACAAAUAAAAAAUUCCGCGGAGUCGCAUAUCGUAUUGGAUUGUUCUACCGAGAGGAUCUACGAUGUGCUGAAACAAGCGCAACAGAUUGGAAUGAUGAGUGACUAUCACAGCUACCUUAUCACAUCACUGGACUUGCAUACCGUCGACUUAGAAGAAUUCAAGCAUGGCGGGACCAAUAUCACUGCCUUUCGAUUAGUGGAUCCAGAGAAGCCGGAAAUUCAAAAAGUAAUUCAGGAUUGGAUCUACGGUGAGAAACGCUAUAAUCGUGAACUCGACAUGGGACAGAACAGUAACAAGAAUAAUUUAACUACUAUAAAGACUGAAACGUCGUUGUUGUAUGACGCUGUCCAUCUCUUUGCCAAAGCAUUACACGAUCUCGACACGUCCCAACAAAUCGAUAUCAAACCAUUAUCCUGCGAAUCAACGGAUACUUGGCCUCACGGAUACUCUCUUAUCAAUUACAUGAAAAUUGUGGAGAUGACAGGGCUCACGGGUAUUAUCAAGUUCGAUCAUCAGGGAUUUCGCUCCGACUUCGUUCUAGACAUCAUCGAGCUGAAUAACAAAGAAGGCUUGAAGAAAAUCGGUACUUGGAAUAGUACCAAAGGUAUCAACUUUACGAGAAGCUACGGUGAUGUUUACAGUCAAAUCGUUGAAAACUUGCAGAAUAAGACUUUCAUCGUGACGACUAUACUGAGCGCGCCAUACUGUAUGCGGAAGGACUCGAGCGAGAAACUUACCGGAAACGCGCAAUUCGAAGGCUACAGCGUCGACUUGAUUUACGAGAUAUCGCGGCUGCUUGGAUUCAAUUAUACGUUCCGGCUUGUGCCGGAUGGACGUUACGGCUCGUACAACGUGCAGACGAAGGAAUGGGACGGGAUGAUGAAGGAGCUGCUCGAGCAAAAGGCCGAUCUCGCGAUCGGUGAUCUCACCAUCACGUACGAUCGGGAACAGGUUGUGGAUUUCACGACGCCGUUCAUGCCUUUAGGGAUCAGCAUACUUUACCGCAAACCCAUAAAGCAACCGCCGAAUUUGUUCUCGUUCCUCAGUCCUCUUAGCCUCGACGUUUGGAUCUACAUGGCAACGGCUUAUCUCGGGGUCUCCGUGCUCCUCUUUAUAUUAGCCAGGUUCAGCCCCUACGAGUGGGAGAACCCCCAUCCAUGCAACGGGCAGUCCGAAGUCCUCGAGAACGAGUUCACCCUAAUGAACUCGCUCUGGUUCACCAUAGGCUCUCUCAUGCAGCAAGGCUCCGAUAUAGCGCCGAAGGCCGUGUCGACUCGCAUGGUCGCUGGUAUGUGGUGGUUCUUCACGCUGAUCAUGAUCUCCUCUUAUACGGCUAAUCUCGCGGCUUUCCUCACCGUCGAGAGGAUGGAUUCCCCGAUUGAAAGCGCCGAAGAUCUCGCUAAGCAGACGAAAAUCAAAUAUGGUGCUCUCAAAGGCGGCAGCACAGCGGCUUUCUUCAAGGAUUCCAAUUUCUCGACGUACCAACGCAUGUGGUCCUUCAUGGACUCGGCGAAGCCAUCGGUAUUUACGGGGAGCAACGGUGAGGGUGUGGAUCGAGUGAUCUCAGGAAAAGGCAGCUACGCAUUCCUGAUGGAAUCCACCUCCAUCGAAUACGUAAUCGAAAGGAAGUGCGACCUUACUCAAGUUGGCGGUCUCUUGGACUCCAAGGGAUAUGGCAUAGCCAUGCCGCCAAACUCGCCAUAUAGAACAGCCAUAAGCGAGGCUAUCCUGAAGCUGCAGGAGGAAGGGAAACUUCAUAUGCUGAAAACGCGCUGGUGGAAGGAGAAGCGAGGCGGCGGAUCUUGCAGAGACGACACCUCGAAGAGCAGCUCGGCGGCGAACGAGCUCGGUCUGGCGAACGUCGGCGGAGUCUUCGUAGUGCUGAUGGGCGGCAUGGGUGUUGCCUGCGUGAUCGCAGUUUGCGAAUUUGUGUGGAAGAGCCGGAAAGUAGCCAUCGAGGAGCGGAAGAAGUCCGUGUCCUCGGAAAUGGCAAGCGAAUUGCGAUACGCUUUGGACUGCGGCAACGGAAAUAAAAAGUCGUCGAGAAAGGCGCUUUGUCGAUGUCAGGGGCAACAUUCAAGUCUGUCGAUCGUUUCGGAGAAGGGCAAGUACGCGGCGUGCAACAAGUACAGGCACUUCGUUGGAAAAGCACCUCUGACGUGAACAAAGGGAUGCCUGGCCGAGUGAUGAAUUUCUUUGCGAAGUUAAUUGUUUCCUUGCUCAUGUGCGAAUUAAAACAUACAUGAUCGAUCAAUUCAAAACAUCGACGGUCCAGAAAAAGAAAUCGCUACAAAAAUAAUUAAUUCUGACUGAAAUCACUUUCAAAUGUAACAAAAAAAUACGAAUUAUUCUCAAACAAUUAUAACGAGAUUGAAUUUUGUCGAGUAUCAAGUCAACAAAUUUGAUAUUACAUCUCUUGAUAGGAAACAAAAAAAGAGAACGCAUCGUCGAAAGCUUUUAACGUCAGAAAAAUCCUAUAAAUUUGUUGCGACGAGAAUUUGCGAUGAAAUUCAGAAACGAUAUGUAAAAGGAAACAGAGGCUUAAUUCUAAUCGUGUACACACGUCUGUCCUUUUUUUACGAACCACGGUUGAAUAAGAUAGUCCAUUAUCUAGUUCCUCGUAAGAUCUGUUGAAUUGUGCGAGGAAGAUGCGUGCAAGAAAACGAGCGAAUGAAUGAGAGUCAUGUGAAAUUGAAUGAUCUUUCAUCGACGUUAAAGAUGCACUAUUUGUUAUUACGUAAAGCAUUCUAUUGAAAUCAAUCCGAAUAUUGUCAUCCGUAUAUAUAAAAUUCGGAUAAGGUGGAACGUAAUACGCGCGUACAAUAGCGAUUUCAAAAGUCUCCACGUGAUAUAUAAAUAACGCGAAAGGAUUUUCACGGAUUCCAUAAUCUGCGAGACCAAGGAUUGAAUUCUUGAAAAAUAUCGCAUACGAAAAAUAAUUGUACGAAAAAUAUCAUAACAUAUUUUACAUAUGUUAUAGAUUUCCCUAAUUUUUCGUAAGCAUACAUUUCAAAAAUUAGGCCCCUGAUAUCGUAAUUUGCACUAUUUUAUAUCGCAAUCCAAUGUUUCAUAUGUGUGAUUCGCGAUAAAUAGUUAUAAUUUUUGAACAUAUUUUAUCUGAAUUUAUUCCUAUCCUUAGCUGGUCUGACGGGGUCCAUAAGGUCAUUGAAAUAUUAUUUGAGUACUCUGUAGAGAGUUAAUUUUUUAAGCUAAUUAUCCAGACUAUGUAGAUAAUAUAUUUUAAAUCGUAUUCGCGUAAUGUAUUGUCAAUAUUUAUCUGAUGCAUAAGACUGCUCUACUCUUCUAACAAAAUUAUUUUUAAGAAAUACGUGUCGUUAUUUUAACUGAUAUUCAUUCGUUCGUUUCCGUUUGAUUCGCGUUUAUGCGGACCUUGUGAACCAAGCAGUAUUCGUUUGAGUCUUCCCUCUAACUUAAAAAGAGAAAAAUGUAAUGGAAACGAACAUCGCGAUUCCAAUCUAGUAUUUAAACUCUCGAAAAUGAAUGCUACAUAAAUCAGAGUAUGAAUGUUCGAUGCCGUAUUGAAGAGUGUAUGAUAUUUCAGUACGCGGAUACUAUUUUAAGAUCGAACGUAAAAGCGAAGAGAAGCGCAAAGUUUUGUUUUUUUUUUCUCCUGUACUUGCACCUUUCAUAAGGAUUUUGUUUCUCUCGAUACAAUUUACCGAAUUCUGAAAUGCAAAUCAUAGAGUACAUACAGACACGUUAGUGUACAGAUACAUACAUAUACACAUACGUACACAUACAUAAUAUACCAACUGUAAAUAUCAUCGACACUAUUACAUUCUCGUUACAUACUUCCGUUCAUAUGUCACGACAUACGAGUUUGUUAAGAGCCUAUCGCGAUUCUACUUCUUAUAUAAAAUGUAAUACAAGCAUCAACACAUAUUAAACGUGAAUAAAUUAAUCGUCUGUAAAUUCUCAUCCAAA